AUGCCCCGCGCCGGCCUCCCCGCCCGCGCACCGGGCGACAGGUGCUGCGGGCGCCGCCGGUCGCCUCGAAAUGCGAGCUACCUGGACAGAGCUGGAUCAGGGCAGCUCAAGGUCACAAGAAGUUGGAUUGGCAGGAAGGAGUAUCAGGGCCCCAGCCUGGCCCACCUGUGUGGCUGGGAGCUGGGGGACUCACAGAAACCCUCAGUAUCCAGCCGUGGGCCAAAGACACAAUCAAGCAAAAAGAUGAUGGCUCCAUGCCCUGCCCUGUCCCGGUCGUGGAAGCAGGACCGUGAGCAGACUCUGGCGUCGGCCUAUGUGCCAGUGGCAGUGGACCCCAGGGGGCAGAACCCAGACAAGCUCAGGUUCAACUUCUACACCUCCCAGUACUGCAACUCCCUGAACCCCUUCUACACCUUGCAGAAGCCCACCUGUGGCUACCUGUACCGCCGGGAUACUGACCACACCCGCAAGCGCUUUGACGUGCCUCCUGCCAACCUGGUCUUGUGGCGCACCUAG